AGGAAAUGGACUUCGGGCUGUUUGUAAUACUUAUUGCUGGCAUUUUGAAUGCUCAUGCAUCUGCACAACUUCUGGCUCCAUAUAUAGGACCAACGGGUGGACUGGCUUCCCUCGGUCUCAGUCCCCAAGCACUGGACCUUGCCGAGGACACGGCUGCAAAUUUCCUCGGUAUGGCUUCCGGAAUUGUAGGGAAACACUUUUGGGAGAAGCAAUGGAAAAAACCACAAACAGUAGAGAAUCGCCCGACAACACAGUAA